AUGAUAGCGUGUAUUCGUCGCACACAAAGUCAAAACACGGCCGAGAUUAUCCAGCCUGACUACGAAAGCAUGGUGGGGGAAACAUUUUGUGUUGCAUGGUUUCACCCAGGCGGUGUACAAGAAGUCGACGUAGCCUUGAAUGUUAAGGAUGAUGUUUACGUGGCUGAGUUGGGCGAUGCAUUUCCUACUAACAUAAGCAGCCAGUCAAGAACCCAGCUGAAAAGAGAUAUUGAUGCUCCCAGUCGUCGUGACGAAGUGGAAAGCCAGAUUGUGCACAAUCAAGGUCCACCCUCGAUGUUGCCGAUCCGGAAAGAUACGCUAUUUGUGCUGUUGAGUGGCAAGGCUAUCUCUUUUGGAUAUACCAAGGGCUUCCUCAUGGAUGUUUUUCGCUUGGCGAUGCAAGAGAACGAUGCUGAAGAUGUUGGCUUUUUGAAUACGCAUAUCAACUUGUCCUCACCAUAUAGCCCAACCUUUGCCGUGCGUGGAGCUGUCGUUGCACGUCCAGAAAGUUAUUGCAUGUGCGUGCUUUCCGAAGGAAGAAGCAAUAGCGAAACCGAGGAAGAUGAGUCCAACGGAGAGCUCAUUCUUAUCCAGCAACAAGAAGCCCAGAUUUCGCGCUUUUGUCGACAACAGCGCAACUGUGAGUUGCGCAGGGAAGUUCUACCUCGGGUCAUCCAACCGUCUCCUUUUACAGUUGGACGAAAGCAGCGCUGCGUUCAAUUUCUCAACGCCAAAGGGAGCCAUGCGGUGUGCAUGAUGACACCUCCGUUUGAUUGUGGCCCAGUAGAAGGCCCGAUCACAAUUUUUAUCAUUGGAAUAGCUACCGAAGACGGGUGCUUUGUAUCCGGUCUUUAUCACCGUUUUGAGCUCGGUCAUUUACACCCCGAAGACUCUACGAUUGAAGAAACUGAGAUGAGCCCCGUGUGCAUGGCUACAUCUCUCUAUGCAGCUCAAUAUAUCGAGGACACAGGAUCGCCAGUGUCAUAUUCGUUAAAUUCGUACAACGACGAAAGAAGUUCAUCAAACCAUAGUUCCGGAGAAUCUAUUUCCAAAUGCAAUUGCGUCAUGCAAGGAUCAACGGAGAAACUUGCAUGUACUGCCGAACUUGAAGACGAUGCCCAGAUUGUUCGCGGGAAAUCAGGACCUGGUCGUUGGCACUGCUAUACUUUCGUUGCCGAUGGUUGCGAAAGCUCUAUCCGGAUUGACGGUGUUCCUGAGCCCAUGUCUAUUCAGAUAGGUACAGAGAUAAGACGGAGAGAGGUGUUGGAUGGUCUCACCAUUGGGUCCGACCACUGUUUCAACGUAUCCUUGUGCUGUGGGCACGGGUCCGGUGGAGAAGGCGAAGGUGCUAUUGCGGAGAUCGCAGUCUUUCGGGGAAUCCUUGAUCCAUUGGAUGUGCAAACUCUUGAACACAGGCUGAUGAUCAAACACGGUAUUCCUCGACCUUCGGGAGUGUUGUGGAACGAGACCAACUUUGAGCGAUACGCACACGCUUUGUACACGGACCCCCGUGCUCCACAAUGGACUGAGCAUGUGCCGUUGAGGUUUAUGGCGAGACACCGCUCUGUUGCUUGGAGCCAAAGGAAUCCAGUUACCGGCCGCAACAUGCAGAUUAGCAAAAUUGGAUGCCAUGCGUCUGUAGAGUCGAGUGACUGGGACGACUGA